AUGCGACUGUGGGCGGUUCGGUUCCCACCUGGAGUCCUGACGUCACGUUCGGUCGAAUCAGGCACGGACGCGACCUCCGAAGUUGAAGUGACCAGCCAAUCGGACAAGGGCGAGCGAUUGGUCCCGUCGCGUCAAUCAGAGCUGCUCCCAUCGAGCACAUGGACUCGAGCGUUCCGAGUCUGCUAUGUGAGGAAUGGGACGGACUUCGAGCAAAGACCAGCGUUUUUCCAGACGAUGCCUGCAGUGGCUAGUUACGCAUGCGAGAACGCGAUUGUGUCGGUGGCAAAUGCUGCACCAAGACACCGAGCAGUGUCGUCAUCGACUUGCCAUUGGCACGUGCGCAGACGAUGA